ACAGCAGCUUCAGCUGAGCUGUCAAUCAGCAGCAGCAGCCUUAUCUGUCCGCCGCAGGGGCUGAUGGGAGGUCUGAGGACCCGUUAGAAACCACGCGGCCCUCGUCUGAUCUCACAGCUCGUCCUUGUUUGGCCUCAGCUGCAUCAGAGCGCCACUUCUCCCCAGGUUCACCAGAGGAAACACCACUGCACACAAUGCUUUUCCUCCCAGCUGCUGCUCUGUGCUGUCUGUGUUCAGCGCUGGUUGCCAUGGCAGCAGACCUGAUUCAGGAGGAUUUAACAUUGACCAGGAGAGUCGAUGAAACUGUUUCAUUCAGCUGUCGAGGAACUGACCAGUGUAACACUUAUGUUUACUGGUACCAGAAGAAAGACACAGAAACAUUCAGAUUUAUUCUAGAUAUAACUAAGAGUAAUUGUCGCAUAGAUUCAAGCUACAGCAAUCAUCCUCAGAAAAAUGAUUUCUCAGCUUUGAGAAAACAGAACGGCUGUGAGUUACAGCUCAAGAAAGUUAAACCCUCUCAUUCAGCCACCUACUACUGCGCCUGUUAUAAGAGUGAAAUCAUCUUUGGCUCUGGAACCAAACUGUAUGUAACAGAUGAGCCGGUAGUGAAGCCCGUGGUGAGCGUGUACCCAGCAGCAUCCAGAAAAGGACAGGAGGAGAAGAGCUCCCUAAUGUGUGUGGCUGCGGACAUGUUUCCUCCUCCGGUCCGGUUCUCCUGGAAAAGAAUAAAGGAUAAUGGUCUUCAGGAGGAGCUUACACCUGGUGAGGAGGAGCAGCGGGAGCUCAGACAGUUGGGAUGCAUUGCCGCCAUCAGAGUCAUUGAUCGGGACGCUCGCUACGCAUAUAAUUACCGCUGCUACGUCCAGCACGAGGGGGGGGGAGUGGAGGCCAAAAUAAAUCAAGAGGUUUCUGCAAAGACAUCACCUCCACCAUCACUUCCACCAUCACCUCCACCAUCACUUCCACCAUCACGUCCACCAUCACUUCCACCAUCAACUACACCAUCACUUCCACCAUCAAUUGAACCAUCACUUCCACCAUCAGUGUCCUUCCAGUCUCAGUGCAGGGUGAAGCUGCUCUGUGUGAUGUACACAGUGCUGAUAGUGAAGAGUCUGGUGUACUGCUGUGGACUCUCUCUGCUGAGGAUCCUCAGAAACAAGGGACCGUCCACCUGCUGCACACAUGCUGACUGACUGCAUCUGACUGACCUGCUUUUUGUUACCAUCAAAUCUCAUCAGUUCAUCUCAUGCUUUGAUCAGCAGUCAGAAAAGUUCAGAUGUGUUGUGGUUAGUCGUAAAAUAUAUCUUUUACGCACAGGUUAGAUACAGUCAUCCUAAAAAUAUAAACACAUAUAUACAAUGGUUUGGAUCACAGGGAACUCACGAUAGAGUUGUUCAUAUUUGAUCAAAAAUUAACUUUUAUCAUGUGUCAUUGAACUCAAUUAGCCAGCAGCCAACUCUAAGGAGAACAGACAGAGUGGCCAGACCCUCUCAUCUGUAGCACAACACAGCAAAAGACUGCAACUGAUCAAUUCUUCGCCUCGCCUAGCUCCAUCCACAAAAGACAAUAACAGCACCAUUACACAGAUCACAUAAACAUAACUAUACUUCUGAUUCUGCCAUAAACAACAUCUAGUCUUAGUUUAAUGCAGGUUUAAUUCAGUUAGUUUGGUCUUGUGUGUUUUGCUUUGUUUACCUUGUUAAAUAAAUGCUUGAGUAUGUA